AUGAUUAGUUCGUUGGUGGAGGUUCUUUUGUUCUUGAUUAGGUACAGCUUAUUGUUGUUUUGUUGAGCUCAUUUUUGAUUUUCGAUUUUCUACUUUUUUUUCUUUUGAGGUUCUUUUUUCAUGAUUAUGUGCAUGUUUUCACCACAGGUUUGAAAAAAAAAACUGGAGGAUGAGACCAAGAAGGAAGAUGGUUCUGGAUGCAAUCAAAUAGAGACGAAACGUGAGGUAUCCUGAACCUUCAAUCAAUGACUUUUUUUUUAGAAGAUUCACGAACAGAAGACACCUGUGGGAGAGGGUUCGCAUCAUUCAGAAAUUCUAAUAUAGCAGGUGCUUUUUCUCGUCAGACACGAUCUUUCAAUCAAUCAUAUUUAGUCAAAUUUGGGUGGGCAAAGCGAACCGACUGCAAUCAACUACACUCUGCUCGAAACUGUGACGACGACAGCCGAUGAAACAUACGAUGAACCUUCCGCUGAGCCAUCUGGCGAAACUUCAAAUGAACCUAAACGGCCCAACUUGUUGAAUAACUUCACCAAAUUCAAAAAAAAAAUCAGGUAUCAUUUUAAAAAGUUUUCCAUCCAGAACAGUUCAAUUUCAGAUCGGAAAUCUAAAAAUCUUGUGGGAGAUGGUUCGCAACAUACCGAUUAUGGCAAAUCACAGGUGCAUUCAUACCAUUUUCUCUUUACCCAAUUGAAAAAUUUCAGUUCAAACUUGGGUGGGCAAAGCGAACCGACUGUGAUAAGAAAAACUCUAUGAUUCAAGGUAAUUGAUCGGAAAAAUGUUCCCAAAUCCAAGUCUAUUUUUUCAGGUACUGGAAAAACGUGUGGAAAGAGGUCUCAUUUACACUUUGACGUUCUCUGA